GAACAGUGCCUCACACUAAGCUGCUUCACAAACACUGAAGAAUGAUUUUCCAUCAGCAGUGAUUCCAGGUGUUCAGAUUUUACAUGAAUUAUUGAAGGUGGUAACAAUGAUGACUAAGGAGCUGCUCGCUGAAACACUGAACCAGUUGAGUCCAGAGGACUUUGCUGAGUUCAAGUCACACAUUGAAGAGCAGAAAGAUUUCCCACUCAUCUCAAAGAGGCGAGUAAAGGUUGCAAACGUGCAGGAUGUAGUGGAGCUGAUAGAGAAGAUCUGCAGGCGAGACCGUGUUUCGGUGACCAGAAAGGCUUUAAUGAAGAUUAACAGGAUGGCUGGAGAACAGAGAUUAUCAGACAAACAGUUUCCUCCACUGAGCCAGAGAGUAGAAACAAUGAAGUCUGUUAUGAAGCUGCUUUUGGUAACGCUGGCUGAUUUGAGUGACAGCGAGUUAAAGGACCUCGAGCAGAUGCUGAAAAUGAAAUGUGAGUCUGUCUUACAAUUUGUGGAGAGAGACACUGACUUGCAGGACACGGUGUUUAUAGUGUUUAUAGUGGUCCAAAUGUUCGGCUAUCAGUCAGUGGAGGAGGUCAUGGAGGUUUUAAAGGAGAUGAAGAGGACAGAUCUGGCUCAAAGGCUGGCAGACGGCAGCUCAGAAACCAAAAAAAAGCGCAUGGAUGAAAAUCUGUCUCCACUGAUUCACAAAGUUGCAACAAUGGCAGCUGUUACAGAUCUGCUUCUAGAAACACUGGAGGAUUUGAGUGAACGGGAUCUCAUGGAGUUCAAGUGGUUCCUGCAGUUCACUCGUUUUCAGAAGAGUCUUCCACAAAUCCUACUGAGAACGGACACAAAAGAAAUAGUGAUUCUGAUGAUUGAGACAUGGGGUCAGCAGUCUGUGGAGGUGAUCAUUGAGGUUUUCAGGGACAUGAAGAGAGCUGAUCUGGUGCAGAGGCUGUCAGAGAGCAGCUCAGGAUUCAACGAGAAACAUGAUGAACGUUGCCCUGCACUGAUCCAGAAAAUAGAAAUGAUGGAGUUUGUAAUUGAGCUGCUUCUGGAAACCCUGGCUUGUCUGAAUGUCUGGGAGCUCAAUGACUUCAAGGAGAUCCUGCAUCAAAUUCAUUGUCAAAAAAAUUACUCAUACAUCCGAUGGAUGCUGUACAUGACGACAGACCUGCAAGAUACAGUGUUUUUCAUGGUGCAGAUUUACGGUUACCAGUCAGUGGAGAAGACUAUUGAGGGUUUAAAGGAGAUGAAGAGGACUGAUCUUUCUCAGAGGCUGUCAGACUGCAGCUCACUGCCUAGAAAGAAACACUCUGUGGAUGAACGACGCUCUGCACUGAUCCACAAAGUGGCAACAAUGGCAGCUGUUAAACAUCUGCUUUUAGAAACUUUGAAGGAUUUGAACAACACUGAGCUCAAGAAAUUUAAGAGUCUGUGGAGGUGA